AUGGCAUGGCCCGGAGGCUCGGAGGCUGUGGAGCUGGAGGUGCAGCAUGUGAACAACAACAAUGGCGACCGGCUCGCUGUGCCACGGACUACUGUCGUUAAUGGACAACAAAGGACUAAUGAAGACGAGGCGACGACGUCCGGCCUGACAGACGGACCGCCGCUCGAGCAAAACAGAAUAAUCUUCGUGAACAGACCGCAGCCCAUAAAAUUCGUUAACAAUCGAAUAACUACGGCUAAAUACAGCGUUCCCUCGUUCAUUCCGCUGUUCCUGUUCGAGCAAUUCCGCCGCUACUCCAACUGCUUCUUCCUGCUGAUCGGGCUGCUGCAGCAGAUCCCUGACGUGUCUCCCACGGGACGCUGGACCACGGUCACACCGCUCUUCUUCAUCCUCUGCGUCAGCGCCCUCAAGGAAAUCGUUGAAGACUUCAAGCGUCACCGAGCAGACGAUGAGACGAACAGGCGGAAGGUGGAGGUGCUACGCGAGGGCCGGUGGUCCACCAUCCUCUGGCAGGACUUGAUGGUGGGGGACAUCUGCAAGGUCGUCAACAACCAGUUCUUCCCCGGAGACAUUGUCGUGCUGGCCUCCAGUGAACCACAAGGCAUCUCAUUCAUUGAGACCUCAAAUCUGGACGGGGAGACGAACCUGAAGAUUAGACAGGCGCACCAGGAGACGGUGCACCUGGACAAUACGCCAGCUCUCAUCGACUUCAGAGCCACCAUACAGUGCGAGCAGCCCAACCGACACCUCUACGAGUUCAAUGGAUUGCUUAAAGAUUCUAACAAUAAAACGAUACCUUUGGGCCUGGACCAGAUGUUACUGCGAGGCUCCAUGCUUCGCAACACAAACUACAUCUACGGCGUCGUCGUCUACACCGGACACGAAACCAAACUCAUGAAGAACUCCACCAAAGCCCCCCUGAAGCGGUCGUCGAUCGACCGUCAGACAAACACACACAUCCUGUUGCUGUUCUUGAUCCUGUUGACGCUGUCGCUGGUCAGCGCCGCCUUCAACGAGCUCUGGAUGCGCGCGCACAGCGACUGGUAUAUUGGACUCGAAGACGCGCAGAAUGCACAUUUCGUAUUUAACUUUUUGACAUUUUUAAUAUUGUACAACAACCUUAUACCUAUAUCGUUACAAGUUACUGCAGAAAUAGUUAGAUUUUUUCAAGCGAAGUUCAUAUCGAUGGACAGUGAGAUGUACCACGCGGCCACGGACACGCCCGCCAUGGCGCGCACCUCCAACCUCAACGAGGAGCUCGGCAUGGUGCAGUACAUCUUCAGCGACAAGACCGGGACUCUCACCUGCAACGUCAUGGAGUUCCGCAAAUGUAGCAUCGGAGAGAUAAUAUACACGGUCAAGGGUCCCGACGAGAAGCUGGAGGACACGUUGCUGUACCAGAACAUGCAGCGCAACCACCCGACGGCGCCCGUCAUCCGGGAGUUCCUCACCAUGCUGGCCAUCUGCCACACCGUCAUACCCGAGCAAGUGGGCGACCAGCUCAACUACCACGCCGCCUCGCCAGACGAGCGCGCGCUGGUGCUGGGCGCGGCGCAGUGGGGCUACGUGUUCGACCAGCGCACGCCGCGCUCCGUGCGCAUGCGCGCGCCGCACGCCGUGGAGGAGUACACCGUGCUCAACGUGCUCGACUUCACCUCGGCGCGCAAGCGCAUGUCCGUCAUCGUGCGCACGCCCACCGGUGAGAUCAAGCUAUACUGUAAGGGCGCGGACACAGUGAUCUACUCGCGCCUGGCGGGCGGCGAGCACGCUCAGUACGCCGACACUACGCUCUCACACCUCGAGCUCUUCGCCUGCGACGGACUACGGACGCUCUGCUUCGCCGUCGCGGAUAUAUCUGAACAGUUCUAUCAGGACUGGGCGAACACGUACCACAAGGCCAGUAUCGCGAUACAGGACCGCGAGCGCAAGCUGGAGGAGGCCGCCAUGCUCAUUGAGAACAACUUGAGGCUGCUCGGGGCCACUGCCAUUGAAGACAAGCUGCAGGACGGCGUCCCCGAGACGAUAGCGGCGCUGCUGAAGGCCAACAUCAACGUGUGGGUGCUGACGGGCGACAAGCAGGAGACCGCCAUCAACAUCGGACACUCCGCGCGCCUGCUGCACGCCGCCAUGCCGCUCGUCAUACUCAACGAGGACAGCCUCGACGGCACCCGCGAAUGCAUAAACCGUCACACUGCAGAGUUCGGUGACAACUUGCUGAAGCAGAAUGACGUGGCUCUCAUCACGGAUGGCAAGACCCUCAAGUACGCGAUGGGAUGUGACCUGAAGAAGGACUUCCUCGACCUGUGCGUAUCCUGCAAGGUGGUUAUCUGCUGCCGAGUGUCGCCCAUACAGAAAGCUGAGGUGGUAGAGCUGGUGUCAUCGUCGACGGGCGCCGUGACGCUGGCCAUUGGCGACGGCGCCAACGACGUGGCCAUGAUACAGCGCGCCUCCGUCGGCGUCGGCAUCUCCGGCGUCGAGGGGCUGCAGGCCGUCUGUGCCUCGGACUACAGUAUUGCACAGUUCCGCUUCCUCCUCCGUCUCCUGCUGGUGCAUGGCGCGUGGAACUACUCCCGCAUCAGUAAGCUGAUCCUGUACUCCUUCUACAAGAACAUCUGCCUCUACGUCAUCGAGCUCUGGUUCGCCAUAUACUCCGCUUGGUCUGGACAAAUUAUAUUCGAACGCUGGACGAUAGGUUUCUACAAUGUAAUCUUUACCGCUUUGCCGCCCUUCGCUAUUGGACUCUUCGAUAAGCUCUGUUCUCCUGAAAUCAUGCUGAGGCACCCGGUGCUGUACGUGCCGUCGCAGCAGGGCCUGCUGUUCAACGUGCGCGUGUUCUGGGUGUGGGCCGUCAACUCCAUCCUGCACUCCGUGCUGCUGUUCUGGCUGCCCAUGCUCAUGCUCAGCCACGCCGUCGUCUGGCCCGCCGGCCGGGACGGAGGGUACCUGCUCAUGGGGAACAUCAUCUACACCUACGUGGUGCUGACGGUGUGCCUGAAGGCAGGCCUGACCACUCACUCGUGGACGUGGGUCACUCAUGUCGCCAUCUGGGGCUCCGUCGUCAUGUGGUUCAUAUUCGUACUCAUCUACAGCAACGUGUUCCCGACGGUGAUGAUCGGCGCAGUGAUGCAGGGCAUGGACCGCAUGCUGUUUACCUCGCUGGUGUUCUGGCUCGGCCUCAUACUCAUUCCCGUCGCCACGCUCAUCCCCGACAUGCUCGUCACUGUCAUCCACAACUCCAUGUUCAAGUCGAUGACCGAGGCCGUGCGUGAGAGCGAGAUAAAGCAGCGCGACCCCAGCGCACUGCUCACACACCCGAGACACUCCCUCACGGAGACGGCGCGGCUGCUGCAGAACGUUCGCAGCGUGUUCAGCCGGCGCUCCGCCACGCGCGCCACCAUGGAGCUUGAGCUGUCGCGUGAGUACCUCCAUGGAACCGACUCAUGGACUGCUAAUGCAGAGGCAUCAGACGAGCCCCCGAGAGUGUUCCCCUCGGCUCGAGUACAUAUUAGCAUUCCAUCAGUUUCCUACUCCGUGGCCACACCACGCACCGCUAACGCGUUAAACACACAUAGAGACACUGUUUAUUUACCGCAGACCUCUUGGAGGACUUGUCAAGGUAUUCAUUGA